ACAAUUGCCGGGGCAGCCAUAUUGGGAUGAUGUGCUGACAGUCCGGCUGGAGCUUCGUCAGGAAAGGGGGCAGAAAGAUAACUCCAGAAGAGAGAACCUGUGGGAAGUCCUUUGCAGCUGGUUUCUGGACUACGCACAAGGGGGCGUCAAAAUGUCGGGGGCUUCUGUCAAGGUGGCGGUCCGGGUCAGGCCCUUCAACUCCCGCGAGACGAGCAAAGAGUCCAAAUGCAUCAUCCAAAUGCAAGGCAACUCAACCAGUAUUAUCAAUCCAAAGAAUCCCAAGGAACCUCCAAAAUCCUUCAGCUUUGAUUAUUCCUACUGGUCCCACACUUCGCCCGACGAUCCUUGCUUCGCCUCCCAGAACCGUGUGUACAAUGACAUCGGGAAGGAGAUGCUCCUGCACGCCUUUGAAGGCUACAAUGUCUGUAUCUUUGCUUAUGGCCAGACCGGAGCAGGGAAAUCCUACACCAUGAUGGGGAAGCAGGAGGAGAACCAGGCAGGGAUCAUACCACAGCUCUGUGAGGAGCUGUUUGAGAAGAUCAAUGACAACAGCAACGAGGAAAUGUCUUACUCCGUGGAGGUCAGCUACAUGGAGAUUUACUGCGAGAGGGUCAGAGACCUGCUGAACCCCAAAAACAAGGGGAAUUUGCGGGUCCGAGAGCAUCCCCUGCUUGGACCUUAUGUGGAAGACCUUUCCAAACUUGCAGUCACCUCUUAUACCGAUAUUGCUGACCUUAUGGAUGCUGGAAACAAAGCUAGGACGGUGGCAGCCACCAACAUGAACGAGACCAGCAGCCGUUCGCAUGCCGUCUUCACAAUCGUGUUCACCCAGAAGAAACACGAUGCGGAAACCGAUCUUUCCACUGAGAAGGUCAGCAAGAUCAGCCUGGUCGAUCUUGCAGGAAGUGAGCGGGCAGACUCCACGGGUGCCAAAGGGACUCGGUUAAAGGAAGGAGCAAAUAUCAACAAGUCUCUCACCACGCUGGGGAAAGUGAUUUCCGCUUUGGCAGAAGUGGAUAACUGCACCAGCAAGAGUAAGAAGAAAAAGAAGACCGACUUUAUUCCAUACAGAGAUUCUGUGCUGACUUGGCUGCUUCGAGAAAACCUAGGGGGCAACUCCCGAACCGCCAUGGUGGCUGCUCUGAGUCCAGCAGACAUAAACUACGAUGAAACGUUAAGCACUUUAAGAUAUGCCGAUCGGGCUAAGCAGAUCAAAUGCAAUGCCGUGAUCAAUGAAGACCCCAACGCCAAGCUGGUGCGGGAGCUGAAGGAGGAAGUGACGCGGCUCAAGGACCUCCUCCGGGCUCAAGGGCUCGGCGACAUUAUCGACAUUGAUCCUCUGGGAGAUUUCUCUGGAAGUGGAGGCAAAUAUCUGAAAGAUAUUCAGAACAGUAAGCACAGAUACUUGCUAGCCUCAGAGAACCAACGUCCUGGCCAUUUUUCCACAGCGCCCAUGGGCUCCCUCACUGCCUCCCCAUCUUCCUGCUCUCUCAGUAGUCAGGUGGGCUUAACGUCAGUCUCCAGUAUCCAGGAACGGAUCAUGUCUACUCCAGGAGGAGAGGAAGCCAUUGAACGUUUGAAGGAAUCUGAAAAAAUCAUUGCCGAGCUGAAUGAGACCUGGGAGGAGAAGCUACGGAAGACCGAGGCGAUUCGGAUGGAGAGAGAAGCGUUGCUGGCUGAGAUGGGAGUUGCCAUCCGGGAAGACGGGGGAACCCUCGGAGUCUUCUCGCCCAAAAAGACCCCUCAUCUGGUAAACCUCAACGAAGAUCCGCUCAUGUCAGAGUGUCUGCUUUACUACAUUAAGGAUGGUAUAACAAGGGUCGGCCAGGCAGAUGCGGAGCGGCGUCAAGACAUUGUGCUGAGCGGGGCUCACAUUAAAGAGGAGCACUGCAUUUUCCGAAGUGAGAGGAACAACAACGGCGAAGUUAUUGUUACUCUGGAACCUUGCGAACGAUCGGAAACCUACGUCAAUGGCAAGAGGGUGGUACAGCCUGUUCAGCUCCGCUCAGGAAAUCGCAUUAUUAUGGGGAAAAACCACGUGUUCCGCUUCAACCAUCCCGAGCAAGCCCGUGCCGAGAGGGAGAAGACGCCGUCGGCAGAAACGCCCUCGGAACCGGUCGACUGGACUUUUGCUCAGCGGGAGCUGCUGGAGAAGCAGGGGAUUGAUAUGAAGCAGGAGAUGGAGAAGAGGCUUCAAGAAAUGGAGAUUCUGUACAAGAAGGAGAAAGAAGAAGCAGACCUCUUACUGGAGCAGCAGAGGCUGGACUACGAGAGUAAGCUCCAGGCCUUGCAGAAGCAGGUGGAGACCCGGUCGCUGGCGGCCGAGACCACCGAGGAGGAGGAGGAGGAAGAAGAAGAGGAGGAGGUGCCCUGGACGCAGCGCGAGUACGACCUGGCCCAGUGGGCUUUCCGGAAAUGGAAGUUCCACCAGUUCACUUCCUUAAGGGAUCAGCUGUGGGGCAACGCCGUCUACCUGAAAGAAGGCAACGCCAUCAGCGUGGAGCUGAAAAAGAAGGUCCAAUUCCAGUUUGUCUUGCUGACUGACACACUUUACUCCCCGCUGCCUCCGGAACUCCUGCCCCCAGAAAUGGAGAAGACCCCAGAGGAGUGCAGACCUUUCCCUCGGACGGUGGUGGCCGUGGAAGUCCAGGAUCUGAAGAACGGCGCAACUCAUUAUUGGUCCCUGGAAAAGCUCAAGCAGAGGCUGGAGCUGAUGCGGGAGAUGUACGACCGGGCGGGAGAAAUGGCCUCGAACACACAGGAGGAGGGGGAGAGCACCAUGACCGGGAGCGACCCUUUUUACGACCGUUUCCAUUGGUUCAAGCUGGUUGGCAGUGUUCCGUUAACCGAUAUAUCUAGCUCCCCCAUUUUCCACGGCUGCGUCAACGAGCGCCUGGCAGACCGCACGCCCUCCCCCACUUUCUCCACGGCCGACUCCGACCUCACCGAGCUGGCCGACGAGCAGCAGGACCAGAUGGAGGACUUUGACGACGAGGCCUAUGUGGACGAUACCGGCUCCGACGUGGGGACCGAGGAGGGAUCGGACCUCUUCAAUGAUGGCCAUGACCCGUUUUACGACCGGUCCCCUUGGUUCAUUUUAGUGGGAAGGGCCUUUGUAUACCUGAGUAAUCUCCUUUACCCAGUGCCACUCAUUCACCGAGUGGCCGUGGUCAGCGAGAAGGGGGAAGUGCGUGGAUUUCUCCGCGUGGCUGUCCAGGCUAUAGCCGCGGACGAAGAAGCCCCCGAUUAUGGAUCUGGAAUCCGGCAGUCUGGCACGGCUAAGAUCUCGUUUGAUAACGAGUACUUUAACAAGAGUAACUUCUCGUCUGUCGCCAUGACCCGCUCGGGACUCUCCUUGGAGGAGCUGAGAAUUGUGGAAGGACAGGGGCAAAGCUCGGAAGGCAUCACCCCUCCGGAAGAAAUCAACAGAAUGAACGACCUGGAUCUGAAGUCUGGAACCUUGCUGGAUGGCAAGAUGCCCGCGGAAGGCUUUACCGAAGAGGUUGGCGACCACCUGAAGCUGGGCAGCGUGUUCACUUUCCGCGUGACCGUGCUCCAAGCCAGUGGGAUCCUCCCGGAAUACGCAGACAUCUUCUGCCAGUUCAACUUUCUGCAUCGACACGACGAAGCCUUCUCGACCGAGCCCCUGAAGAACAACGGCCGAGGGACGCCGCUGGGUUUUUAUCACGUCCAGAAUAUUUCUGUGGAAGUGACCGAGUCCUUUGUGGAAUACAUCAAGUCGAAGCCGAUUGUGUUUGAAGUCUUUGGGCACUACCAGCAACACCCCCUCCAUCAGCAAGGACAGGACCCCAACAGCCCCCCGCAACCAUCCCGACGAUACUUCCCUCCUCCCAUGCCGCUCUCCAAGCCAGUCCCAGCUACCAAGCUUAACACGAUGAGUAAGCCUAAUUUGGGGCAGAGCGUGACCAAAUAUGAUCUCCUGGUCUGGUUUGAAAUCAGUGAGUUGGAGCCCACUGGAGAAUACAUCCCUGCCAUCGUUGACCACACCGGGGGUCUUCCUUGCCAGGGGACGUUCCUGCUUCAUCAGGGAAUACAGCGAAGGAUCACCGUCACCAUUAUCCACGAGAAAGGAAACGAGCUGCAUUGGAAAGACGUGAGAGAGCUGGUGGUGGGGCGCAUCAGAAACAAACCGGAAGUUGACGAAGCGGCGGUAGAUGCCAUCCUGUCUCUCAACAUCAUCUCUGCGAAAUACUUGAGACUGUCACACAACUCUAACAGGACUUUCUACCGCUUUGAGGCGGUCUGGGACAGUUCCCUCCACAACUCCCUCCUGUUGAACCGGGUGACCCCCUACGGCGAGAAGAUCUACAUGACCCUUUCGGCUUACCUGGAGCUCGACCACUGCAUCCAGCCGGCCGUCAUCACCAAAGAUGUCUGCAUGGUCUUCUACUCGCGAGACGCCAAGAUCUCGCCCCCUCGCUCGCUGCGCAGCCUCUUCGGCAGCGGUUAUUCCAAAUCCCCCGACUCCAACCGAGUCACUGGGAUCUAUGAGCUGAGCUUGUGCAAAAUGGCAGACACGGGAAGCCCCGGGAUGCAACGGAGGCGAAGGAAAGUCCUGGACACUUCUGUGGCCUACGUCCGUGGAGAGGAGAACUUGGCAGGCUGGAGGCCCCGAGGGGACAGCCUCAUUCUGGAGCACCAGUGGGAACUGGAGAAACUGGAGCUACUCCAUGAGGUCGAGAAGACGCGCCACUUCUUGCUGCUGCGGGAGAAGCUCGGGGACAGCGUCCCGAAGUCUCUGAGCGAGUCGCUGUCCCCCAGCCUCAGCAGCGGGACCCUCAGCACCUCCACCAGCAUCUCCUCCCAGAUCUCGUCCACCACCUUCGAAAGCGCCGUCACGCCCAGCGAAAGCAGCGGCUACGACUCGGCAGACAUCGAGAGCCUGGUGGACCGAGAGAAGGAGUUGGCCACAAAGUGCCUGCAGCUUCUGACUCACACUUUCAACCGCGAUUAUAACCAGGUCUACAACAGCAUCAGUGAUUGUAAGCUGUCCGAUAUAUCUCCAAUCGGCCGGGACGCAUCGGUCUCCAGUUUCAGCAGUGCCACCCUCACCCCUUCCUCCACCUGCCCCUCGCUGUCGGAUUCCAGAUGCAACUCGGUGGAUCAGAAGACCCCCGAAGCAAAUUCUCGGGCCUCCAGCCCCGGCCCGGAGGGGGAGCCCUUCCAGCUGAUGCCGCCCAUCGAAGGCUCCUUCUUGGCUCGAGCCGGCAAGAACGAGUUCCUGAACCUUGUUCCGGACAUUGAGGAAAUCAGACCUGGCGCCGUCGUUUCCAAGAAGGGCUACUUGCACUUCAAGGAGCCGCUUGCCCAGUCGUGGGCCAAGCACUUUGUGGUGGUCCGGCGCCCGUACGUCUUCAUCUACAACAGCGACAAGGACCCCGUGGAAAGAGGGAUCCUCAACCUCUCCACGGCCCAGGUGGAGUACAGCGAGGACCAGCAGGCCAUGGUCAAGACCCCCAACACGUUUGCGGUCUGCACAAGGCACCGCGGGGUCCUCCUCCAGGCCAUCAACGACAAAGAUAUGAACGACUGGCUCUACGCCUUCAACCCGCUUCUCGCUGGCACGAUACGGUCCAAACUCGCCCGAAGACGCUCAGGACAACUGAAGUACUGAGUCCGUGUGGGGUUUUCAUCCGAUUACUCCCACCCCCUUCCCUCUUCUAACACGCCUUCUGAUAUAGAUAAAGCAUUACCUCUCCUUUCUCUGUGAUUCUUGAAUUUCUCUCUUUUUCUUCUCAUAUGUAACCCUGUGGCUUAACUUUCCCAGACCCUCUCCUGCGUCCCCCCCCUUCAGCACUUAUCCAGUUCUCCUCACACUCUCCUCCCCUUCCCCUGUUACAAUGACUGUUCCGUUAAUUUUGUUUUCACCUGUGUUCAAAAUACUAUUAAUAAUAGCAUGUGGCCAAACGGAAGACAGAAAUAGUGGUGGCGGGGAGGGGGAGGGGGUGUUCCGAUUUAUAUGCACGACUUUUUAAAAAGAAGGGGAAACAAACUUGGGAUUCCCCCCCCCCCAUCUUGGCACUUGGUUCGUCCUCCAGCUGCCUUCGUCCGUGGUGUGUUUGUCUCUGUCUGGACCCUCACCCCUUUCCCCCUUUUCGGCUUUUUGCUUGUCUCCCAUGAUUUCGACGUUGCUCUGCUCCAUGGCUCCUGAGGCGAGGCUCCCUGCACUUUCUGUGCCAUCCGUGCGGGGGAUGCGGCCGAGAUCCCUCGAGGGUCCCCCCUUUCCCAAAAUCAGUGCAUCCGUGAUUUUAGGACUCUCUGCUCUGCAGUGUUCUGUUGGCACUUAAAAGACUUCUCGGUGGCUUCUCUCUGCGGGUGCUUGUGAUGGCCUUGCGGUUGUUCUCUGCAGUUCUUCAUCUCCCAGGGCUUUGCCUGCAACUGAUCCUUCGAGAAGGGCUAAGGUGAGCACAACGGGUUCAGGCGCCAGCGUGCAUGGUGGUCAGGAUCAGUCCUCUCACCGCCGGGACCAGUGACUGCCGCCUGCAGAGUUCCAGCCGUGACUCGGGAGUGUUUGAACCAGUAAUCAACUCAGAAGGAUUGUGCUGGAGAGACUGCCUGGGCUUGGCCUCGUGGCUACCGAGGGCUCGCAAUCUCAUAUAUAUAUGUUCUUUUUCUUGGAACCAGCCAGUGACGGUGAAGGAAAGAGAGCAGAGUCUGGAGCUUUGCCAGGGACUACAACUCCCAGAAUACCCCAGCCUGCGUGGCCACUUUCCCAAGCUCCGGAGGGGAUCCUCAAAGUUUGAGAAGUCUAUAAGUACGUCAGGAAGGUGCAGCCGUUCGGUUGUGUUAGCAGUGUCCCAAAAGAUCACAAGAUUCCUUUCAGUUGGAGUGAUGGAGGGUGAGAGAACAGAAGACACUGCGUUCCGUGGGGCACAGGAGGAAGAAGACUGGGAAAUGUAGGAGGCUUGUAAUCCUUGCAGUGGGGGGGGGGAGGCUCCUUCUUAACCUUCUGUCCCCCAGAAUCACAGUUCCUCAGAAUCCUUUGCAGGAUUUAACCCACAACUUUGGGCUGGGGACAAAGUUGCCUCCCCGCUGCUACUUGUGGUGCUUCGCAGGCAGUUGGCAAAUGACCUAGACUUUAAAAUUCUCACUUCAGUAACACUACCCUGUCAGAACUCUAAAGGCAAACCAGUCGGAGCUGCACGGACAUGUUUGGAGGCCGGGGGGUGGUGGGGGUGGGGUGGUCGGUUGUUGCUGUUGUUUCUAGAGAGAAUGGAUCUUUAUAUCUUCCCCCUGCUUUCCCCAGUGUAAAACAGCAUUUUAUCCGAACUAGUGCCGCUCUUGACAGCGCUGCUUAUUCAGUCAUUUACACAUCUGCGUAGGAGAGAAGUCCUAAAAAAAGGGGUUGGGUGCCCUUCUUUCCGCCCUCCUUAACAUCUAAUUACAAAUUUUCAUAGUAAUUUCGUAGUUGAGCAGGGUUUGCUUACACAGGCUUGAAGCAGCUACCCUCACCCUGAUGAGGUAUUCUUGUUGCUUGUUUAAUCUGCAAGGUUCUAGGUCUCUCUUAGCAUUCAUGUUCUAGAUGGUCCUUGCCCUCACUUGCAGAAACACCAGCUGAAAGGAGGAGGAGGAAGAGAAGAAUUCGCUCAUUUUGGAAUUGUCCCACUUGAACAUUGCAGGGUCAAUCCAUAUAGAAAUAAUUCCCUGAACACAGAGGACUGCAGGGCUAUGUCCCUCUGCCUUGAGCUGCUAGUUUUCAAUAUGUAGGGAACUGUUUGGUGUGGAGAGACAUGCGCCAUCAUGCAAGACUCAUCGUGAAGUUUGGAGUGGUUAUGGUUGAUCUGUACCUGCUGCUUGUAAGAACGAGGCCUUAAUCCAGCCCUUCCUCGUUCUCCUGCCAAAGCUUUCGAUUUCUCCUUGUGAAUUCAUGUCUGCUUCUUCAGAGGAGCCGCCGUACCCUCGUUCCUCUUCCUUUCCCAACUCAUGUUGACUUUGAUCAAGGAAGAUCUUGGACCAUCCAGACAGCAGUUUGAGCCUUGGGUGGUUUUAUGUCCAGAAAGGACUAAGUACAUCAGAGACUAUCGGCUGGUCUGUCUAUCCAUUGCCUUCUGAUGCAUUUCAGAACAGUUCACGCCAUUGGAUUGAGGGAUACUUCCUUCAAACCUCUCCUCCCCACCUAACAGAAACUCACUGGAAAUCAGCCCUGGAGGAGCGCUUUCACACCAACGUAGCAACCUCGCUGCAUUUUGGAGAAUAUUUCAGUUCUAUCAUGAAAACACCAGGGAGCUUGCCGUGGUAGUGAAGCUAAUUUUUAACACGCUCAUCCUUUUUUCUUUCUUUCUGAAGCAUAGCAAGUGUUCAGGAUACAACACAUUUGGACAGUUUUGUGGGUUUCCUGGACCACCUGGAUGGGAGGGUGGGCUCAGGCAUCCCCCGUCAUGACAUGAAAUGGGGCCACGUGUGCGUUUUUGCUUGUUCAUUCAUUAUACUCUAAUUGUGUCUGUCUUGGUACAAUAACUAAUGUUUCUUUCAUCAUAAAAUGGAUCUGUCGUGCACUGCUGGUGCGGGUGUGUAUGUGAAUGCAUGAACCGAGGCUGCUGGUUGAACCGCUAAGCAGAUUCUGUCUUGGUUUUAAAGAAUGGGGCAAGAUUUUGCACACUGCGUUACAUCGCUAUACCUGCUUCCUUUGGGAGAGGCAGGGAAAUGUGUGUAGGGCCACAGAACCCGAAAAGAGCUCUUUUGACACUGUUUACAUGCACCCUAAGAUAACCUUGUGUUUGGUUUUUCUUGUGGUAUCUUUGUUUUUUUUAACGUGGAAAAAAAACUUGUCUGCAAAGUCUUUGCUUUGGAAGGAUCACUGUCUUAGGAAUGGGCUAUAAAUACAGGGGUUAUGUAUAAGCAUUAAGGGACUCUCUUUUAAGUCCAAGAGCCAGGAAGAACAUGGGAGAUUCAGAGCUGAGAAUUAGGUCACAGGUUAUCCCAUCACCUUAGAUCGAUUUAUACUCAGGGUGCAGGUCGGCCAGAGGGCAAGUCUCCAUUCUGAGCCCCCAGCCUGUCUGCUUGGGGGAAAAGGGACCCAAUGCAAAAAAAAA